GUUCUUUCUGCUUUGCUACUUUUUGACUGCUCGUCAGAGGGCUGUGCACUUCGCUUCCUCCCUCCUUCAAGGCCACCGAGCUAUGUGCAGGCGGCAUUAGUCUUUGUCCACAAUGUCUCUGCACAGGCCCCUGCAGCGGCAGACCAGCAACGGCAACUUGAAGUAUGGUGCUGAUCUUGCGUACAGCUCCUAUUCCCCGCUCACAGGCCCGCUCACGAUGGAGGACAACCGAAGGAUUCAGGUGCUGGCAGACACCGUGGCUACUCUGCCUCGGGGACGAAAGCAGCUUGCUUUGGCCAGAUCAAGUUCUCUAGGUGACUUUUCCUGGUCUCAAAGAAAGCUUGUCACUGUGGAAAAGCAGGACAAUGGAGCAUUUGGAUUUGAAAUUCAGACUUACAGGCUCCAGAACCAGAACAUCUGCUCCUCUGGUGUGUGCACUAUGAUCUGCAAAGUGCAGGAAGAUAGCCCUGCUCACUGCGCUGGCCUGCAAGCUGGUGACAUCCUGGCAAAUAUCAAUGGUGUGAGCACAGAAGGAUUUACCCACAAACAAGUGGUUGACCUGAUCCGAUCCUCGGGAAAUCUGCUAACGAUAGAGACUCUUAAUGGAACAAUGAUUCACAGAAGAGCAGAGCUUGAAGCAAAGCUGCAUGCUUUAAAGCAAACCUUGAAGAAAAAAUGGGUGGAGCUCAGGUCUCUGCACUUACAAGAACAGCGCCUACUUCAUGGAGAUGCAGUUAACUCCCCAAAUUUGGAAAAUAUGGAGCUGGAUGAGUCGUCCUUGUUUGGAAACCUGUUGGGGACAGGCCCAGCCCUCCUGGACCAGCACCGAUUGUCCAGCGAGAGCAGCUGUAAGAGCUGGCUGAGCUCCCUGACUGUGGACAGUGAAGAUGGCUACAGAACAAGUGUGUCAGAGGACUCUAGCCGGGGUACCUUCAGCCGGCAGACCAGCACCGACGACGAGUGCUUUCUUUCUAAGGAUGGGGACGAUAUUCUGAGGAAUACCUCUUCCAGGAGAAACCGGAGCAUCAGUGUCACCAGCAGUGGGUCCUUAUCUCCCUUGUGGGAGGGCAAUUACUCAAGCAUGUUUGGGACUCUGCCCCGAAAAAGCAGACGGGGAAGUGUCCGGAAGCAAAUUUUGAAAUUCAUUCCCGGCCUUCAUCGUGCAGUGGAAGAGGAAGAGAGUCGCUUUUGAUGGGCGGCAGGGACCUUUCACAUCUGUCUGUUUCACAAUUCUCUCUCCACCCGCCUAGAUGAGCUCCACCUGGCUUAGUGGGAAAGUACAGAUCGACUGCAAUGCUCACAUCCCAUUUCACAGCUGCAUUGACCUUUAAGUUCUUAUAUUGUUAUUUUAGGGUCUUAUAUCAGUUUUUUUUUUUCUUUUUUGAACCAGUGUAGCUCAAGUUCUAAGCAGCCACCAGGAGAGGAAAGUAAUAGGUUCGAUAAAGUAAUAAUGUGCCUGUUAAUUCUAAUGCUGGCCACGAAAGUACAAAAAUAUUUAUUUUACUGACUAUGCAUGUAAAAAGCAGAGGACUCUUAGACUCAAGUGUGAACAUGGAGCGACAGACAUAAUUAUUGGGUUAUAGGUUAAUUUGGUAGACUACAAAAUCUUAUGCUUGCUUAAUACUCAGUAGCCUCUGGGGGAGCAUUCACAGGGAAGAAUUAAAGUUUUUUUCCCCCAAACUAUCAAAAGAUCAUAAACAAAGAGAAGUCUUCUCACUUGAACACUGACAGUGAGGCAGGAGAAGCAAGGCAUGGGGUGCCGAGGAGGGCUCUUGGGACUAUUACCCUAAGCUCCCACUUCCCACCAUGUCUAAAUAGAAUGAGUGAGACUCCCAUUAAAUUCUGCUCAUUUCGGUUGUUUUCCUGCCUAAACAUGGAUGCCAAGUCCAGAAAUCUCAGGAUCUGAUAAAUCUGUGAUUAUAUUUUGCUUCAAAUGCCUAAAAUUCUAAAAAUGAGGGUGAGAAAAGAGUUCCCUCUGUAUUUUUUUUUCUGUUAUUCCUUAUUACACAUUCUACAUAGGUGUCGCCUCAGCUCUCACUUCCCUGUUAACUAUGCUUGUGUUGUAUUCUCACUUCUCAAUCACGCUCUAUUUUAUUUCAACAUCCAUUAAAGUAUUUGUUCUGGUAAUGUACCUGUUUGUUACCUAUAUGCUAAAGCAAACAGUCUGAACCAACUGAUAAAGACUUAUGUUGAUUCUAGUUGUGUGUGUG